UCGUCUCUCAUUGGUAGGUUGGCAUUCUGUUUGGGUGCAGUAGCUGGAAAAAUGGCAGCUGAUACAGGAAGAUACCGGAGUGCUGUUAGCAAAAGCAAAGAUCCUUCAGGCUUACUUAUCUCCGUUAUAAGGACCCUGUCCAGCAGCGAUGACAAGCAGGACAGAGAGACGGAGAAGGGCCGCCUGGAGGAGGCGUUUGAGAAGUGCGACCGGGACCUGGAUGAGCAGAUCGUCCAACACUACGCUGAGCUGACCACCGCCAUCCGCACCUACCAGAGCAUCACCGAGAGAAUCACCAGCUCCCGUAACAAGAUCAAAGGGGUGAAGGAGAACCUGCUGUCCUGUAAGAUGCUGCUCCACUGCAAGAGGGAUGAACUGAGGAAGCUGUGGAUCGAAGGCAUCGAGCACAAACACGUCCUCAACCUGCUGGACGAGAUUGAGAGUAUCAAGCAGGUCCCACAGAGACUGGAGGCCUGCAUGGCCAGCAAGCACUACUUGCAUGCCACCGACAUGCUGGUGUCAGCGGUGGAGUCUCUGGAGGGCCCCCUGCUGCAGGUGGAGGGUCUGGGGGACCUGCGUCUGGAGCUCCACAGUAAGAAGCUCAACAUCCACGUGGUCCUCAUCGACGAGCUGCACCGGCACCUCUACAUCAAGUCUACCAGCCGCCUGGGGACCAAGAACAAGGACAAGAACCAGGGACGCCAUGGCGGCUCUACAACCAAAGACACGUCCCCUCUGCCCCAGCUGGACGUCAGCAGCCUGUCCACCCCUCGCAAGCUGAUGGACUCCUCCCAGUUCAGCACCCCAGGGACCACCAGCAUGCGUGAGCUUCAGGCGCACCACGAGGCCCGCGAGGACCCUGACGUGCACCCGGAGGAGAACACCCAAGAGUUCAUGGGCGUCCUCAUCAAAGGCCUGGCCAAGCUCAAGAAGAUCCCGGAGGCUAUCAAGGCCAUCAUGGAGCGCCUGGAGCCUGAGCUGAAGCAGAUACUGAAGAGAUCCACUACCCAGAUAGCUGAUCACGCCUACCAGAGAGGAGAGAACCUAGCCACAGAGAGCCAGCCCAGGCUGCUGCUGGAACUGCUGGAGCUGCUGUUUGACAAGUUCAACGCGGUGGCUGCGGCCCACAGUGUGGUGCUGGCCCACCUGCAGCAGAUCGUGGUGUCCCCCAACGGAGCCCAGGAGGGCAUCAAGCUCUAUGAGCAAGCCGACGUCUCUGCUAAGAUCCAGACCGUGCUCCAGGUUCUGUUGAUGGACUACCUGGAUGUGAAGAACACUAAAAGUGCUGCCGAGCCCUCUGCCCAGCUCACCUACGCCAGCACCGGCAGCGAGUUCGCAGCCUUCUUCGCCAAGAAGAAACCCCAACGUGCCAAGCAGUCCCUCUUCAAGUUUGAGUCGUCGUCUCACGCCAUCAGCAUGAGUGCCUACCUGAGGGAACAGAGGAGAGAGCUGUACAGCAAGAGUGGAGAACUACAAGGGGGUGCAGAUGAUAACCUGAUCGAAGGAGGAGAGAUGAAGUUUGUGUGUAAACCUGGAGCCAGGAACAUCACAGUGAUCUUCCAGCCUCUCCUCAGGUUCAUCAAUGAGACGGAGCAGAACAUGGGUCCACCGGGCCAGGCCAAGCAGUGCCAGCUCCGGACCUUCCUGACCUACUACAUCAACGACCUGUUCCUGCACCAGGUCAGAACAGAGAUCAACAAGGAGAUCCAGGCCGUCAGCAAGACAGCAGAUCCACUGAAAGUCCUGGCUAGUGCCGAUACUAUGAAGGUCCUGGCGGUGCAGAGACCCCUGCUGCAGAGCACAGUAGUAGUGGAGAAGUCCAUCCAGGACCUGAUGACUCUGAUGCAGGACCUGAGUGCCUACUCCAACCACUUCCUGGAGAUGGUCUGUGACAAGCUGAAGGAGUACAAGGAGGUCUGCAACACCUCAUACAGGGGUAUAGUCCAGUGUGAGGAGAAGCUGACCAUCAGUGCGUCGUGGUCUAAGGACGAGGACAUCAGCCGACUGCUCCAGUCUCUGCCCAACUGGGCUAACAUGGCCCAGCCCAGACAGCUCCGACAGAAGAGAGAGGACGAGGAGGACUUCACCAGGGCGGCAUUUGCCAAGGAGUCAGAGGUGCUGACGGGUAACCUGGGUGACAAGCUGAUCCCGCAGAACGAGAUCCUGCGUGACGUGAGCGACCUGAAGGCCCUGGCCAACCUGCAGGAGAGCAUGGAGUGGCUGGCCUCCAGACUCAAAGGCUUCUUCAUCAACCUGCCCCACGCUGCCA